AUUUUUAAGACGCCCCAAUAUGCGAUCGUGCAAGUUACAAUCAAAACCCAGAGAAAUGAAGCGCCACCUCCUCAAGUGAAAACCAGAGAUCUACACAGCAAAUCCAUGGCGUAUUCAAUAAUACUCAUCCUCUGCUUUCUUCUCCCCGCUUCUUCACACCUUGAAACAGAACGAGGAUCAGAAUUAGGGCGAAGAUUACUGAUGAGCUUCAAGGAGACGCCUGAAGGACUCAAUAUCACUUACGAUUGCUCUCCUUCUGGUCCUUGUAUCCCUUGCCUUUACGCAGAGAAGAAUGAUGGCAAAUACCGAUGUAGUGAAACUGGUUAUCGUAUACCUUUAAGAUGUGAGGAAAGUAAAGCUGUUUCUAAAGAAAAAGUCAGCAAUAAGGAGUCUGGUGCAGUUAAACAGAGAAGUCUUUUGGAUAAUAAAUCGGCAUCAAAGGGUGGGGCAGAUUCAUACAUCACAUACAGAAGCUGUAUACCUGCAACUAAUGAAGAGAAAAUAUCCGUACUUGGAUUUGAGGGAAUUAUGCUAUUUUUGCUUAUCCUUAGUGGUUCGUUUGUGUACUUCAGAAGAAAGGGAAAUGUUCAUGUAUCAGGAGCAGUUAGAGUACCCACGAGUUCUAGGUUUUAAUUUUGGUUCAUUAUAUUAGGCCGCGUGUAAUUUCCCUGUAUUUUCUACCUUCUCACUAUGUUCUGAAUGUCUUUAAUCCUUGAACCUUUGUAAAUGAAAGAUAACUUUUAAUCCAUCAGUUUGUAUAAGUUUAUUUGUAA